AUGGCAGCAAUAGGUAAUAUGCACCGGGGCUAUCCAACAGAAACAUUAGCACGGUUUCUCAAAGCAAGGGACGGGAAUGUUGUCAAAGCACAUAAAAUGUUAAUUGAUUGUUUACAAUGGAGAGUGGAAAAUGAGAUUGACAAUAUUUUAGCGACUUUUGCGAAAUUCUCAACUUGUGGGAAUGUCUGGUUUCACAAAGGAGGUAUUUUUGCUUUAGAUAGAUCUCUCAUUAUUGUUGGUGUUGGGCUCAGCACAUUUGAUCAAGUGUUUGACAAAUACUAUGUACAGUCGCACAUCCAAAUGAAUGAAUAUAGGGAUCGAGUGAUCAUGCCAACAGCUACAAAGAAUCAUGGACGAUACAUUGAUACUUGUGUGAAAGUCAUGGAUAUGACUGGUUUAAAACUCUCAGCGCUGAACCAAUUGAAGCUUUUGACUGCUAUAACUACAAUAGAUGACUUGAACUAUCCAGAAAAGACUGACGCAUAUUACAUAGUUAAUGUUCCAUAUGUAUUUUCAGCUUGUUGGAAGGUUGUAAAGCCUCUUUUGCAAGAAAGAACAAGGAAGAAAGUCCACGUACUGAAAGGUUGUGGCAUGGAGGAAUUACUGAAGAUUUGUUGUAACUGUGAGGGGUUUAACAUACUAAACCAUGUUUUCAAAACUUGUGAACAGGUAAUGGACUAUGCAUCCCUCCCACAUUUUUGCAGAAAGGAGGAUUCCAGGGUGCCCCGGCAACAUACAGCUGGAAAUACUGAAAAUUGUUUCUCUUUUGAUCAUGUCUUCCAUAAAGAACUCUAUAAUUACAUCAAGCAGAAAGCUAUACUCAUAGAGUCCAUAUCACAGGAUUCUUUCCAUGUAGAUUUACCGGAGCCAGACCCAGAUGAUGCCAAAAUUGCCAAGACUAUAGAAACUGAGUUCCACAAACUGGAGAGUCAGAAUGGCCUUACCAACUGA